AUGCCGUUAACACCAUUUACAUUACAGAAAAUAAUAAGUGAUCUUGCUCUCGAGGAAGCCCAACAACAGUCUUCCACGCCUUCACAAACUACCACUUCCGCGUCCUCUCCAAUUUCACUCUUUCAUCGCCGUACAAAUGCUAAUUCUGGUGGCGCGGGAAGUGGUACGCGUUUUGGCAGUGGCAUUGGCUGGGGUGCUAGAGACCGUGUUACUGUGGAAACUGUCGAGGCUUGGGAAAACAAUAUAUAUGUAGGAACGUCCGAUGGACAUUUAAUUCACUACGUUCUCGAAGAUCAAACAAGUUCAGAGAAUCCCAUUCCAAAAAGUUAUUUAAUUGAUAAACAAAAAUUGGGUUUCGGUCGAAAACUCGUCGAACAUUCCACGUUAUCAUUCUAUGCACUUCCAGAGAUGACACCCUUGCCUGUUAGCGCAUUUCCUCACAUCAAGGGUGUCACAUGUUUUACGCAUGAUCUCGCAAAGGAAGGACAAACGGAAACUGAUGGUUCCGUAAAACUAUGUGUACUGAAGAAACGCACAGUUCACGAAUUUUCAUUGCUUGAAAAUUUAGUGGAAUGUUCACAGAGCAUACCAUUACCGCAUGGGGGUAUCGUUUGUUGUCAGUAUGGCUCUUCUUUGUGUAUUGCUGAUAGCACACAUAAUUAUAGACUCAUCGAUCUUGAUUGUAAGCGCAUGAUCGAUUUGAUGUCACCUCAAGAGCGUAGCUCGAUAUACGGGAGUGGAACAUUUAAACCAAUAGUGACUGUUAUAGAAAAAGGCGAAUUCCUAUUGAAUACUACAAUUGGUCAAUUUAUGUCUUCGGCUGGUGAACCUGUUCGUGGAGUAUUACAAUGGACAAGUUUUCCAAGAGCAAUAGGAGUUGAAUAUCCAUACGUAGUGGCAUUGCUUCGUAACAAUACGAUAGAGAUACAUAAUGUGAUAGAUCAGAAUUUAGUGCAAACUGUACAACUGGCCCCUGCUGAGGCACGAACUAUAUCACAAGGGCCAGGAAUCAAAGUAUGGGUAUCCGCAUUACUUGAGCGAUUGAGAUGGGAAAAUGGGUUUUCAUAUAAAGAUGACGAUAAUGAAGAUUCUCAUGAUUUUGAAGGAGAGAAUGAACGUGCUUUAAGUUCGAGAAAGAGUGACGAUGCAUCAAAAGAAGAUUCAAAAAAUUUACCAUCAACCCCUGAAAUAUCUCAAUUGGACUUUCUCGCAACAGUACCAACUCGAAUAAUAAUAGCAGCACGGGAUUCUAUAUUGGCUUUAGCGCCUUCACCUUUAAUUCUUCAGGUUGAUUCAUUGUUGGAUGCUAAUCGUAUAGAAGAAGGGUUAGCAUAUGCUGAUGAAGCUGUGUCAAGACUUACUGAUAACGUGCAUCGAAAAAGGAUGCAACAUGAAUUAAACUAUAUUUACCAAAAAUCUGGAUUCAUAUUGAUCGGUGAAACUCUGUUUGAUAUUGCGCGUGAUUCUCUUGAUCGUGGACAUACCGAUCCUAGAGUAGUUAUUGGGUUAUUUCCUGAUCUGAAGCGUUUGGUUGAUAAAGAUUGUAGCCUACAUGUGUAUGCAGGUGUUAAAGUUAUUUUAGAUCGAUUAGGCAGCAUUGACGAUGUUGUAUUUAAAAGCUUGAUAAAGAAUUAUGAACCACAUAUAAAACCUAACGUUCAGUCAUCACCGGCAACCCAAGGGCUCCGUAAACAAUUAUUAGCCCAUGCGAAUGAAAUGCUGCAAAAAUAUUUAACCAAAGAUCGGGAAAAUCGCAAAUCGAGUAAAGGUCCACUAAGUGAACUUGAUCGGAAUAUCCUAAAGGCGGUGGAUAAUGCUCUUGUGCAGUUAUAUACUACUUCAGAUUCAAAAGAACCUUUGAUUUCAUUGUUGAAAGAUGAGAACGAAUGUUCGUUGGAAGAUUGCGAACAUAUUUUAAGCAAUUACGGAAAGUAUUAUGCGCUUUCCCUUUUAUAUCAAAGUAAAAAACAAUACGCAAAAACAUUGAAAAUAUGGCAACAAAUGAUGAAUAAUGAGAAACCGGAUCCUGAUUUCAAAGAUGGUCUAAAGCAAAUGGCAGAUCUUUUAACACAGACAGAUGACUCGGAUUUGGUAUGGGAAUACGCGAGCUGGAUCAUAUCCAAGGAUCAAAUACUGGGAGCUCAGAUAUGUAUUAGACCGAAUCUGCGAAAGCCACUUAUCGUAGAACCAAACAAAGUUAUCGAAGCGUUGGGUUCUGUAGGCUAUGAAGGCUUAACAAUGUAUUUAGAACAUUUAGUUUUGCAACGGAAAAGCGAGGAAGAAUCGCAUCAUACAAAACUUUUGUUACUUUAUAUUGGAGAAAUUCUGCGUGAAUUGGAAAAAGAUGAAGAUAAAUCCAAGUUAAUAAAAUUAACAAAAGAAUUUCAAUAUAUAAGCAAAAAUUCCUCGAUGACAUACAUAUCAUUUUUAUCAAAUCGACCUUCAGAUGAUGGGAUAUCUCACGCACGACUCAAAGCUAUAAUGUUUAUGCAACAACAAUCAACACGCUACGAAGGUAAAGCCAUCCUAGAAAAAUUACUUGAAUCCAAGCAAGAUUUGUAUCCGGAGUUAGCCAUAAUUUACGGAAAAUUAAACGAACACGAGAAAUCCCUGCAUAUAUUGGUUGAUCAAUUGAAAGAUUAUCGUGGUGCCGAAGCUUUUUGUCUAUAUGCUGGUCGAAUGAUUGGCAUAAAUAGGAAAACUUCAGAAUUGUUAUCCCCUGCUAAGUUAAAGCGACAAACUGCGGACAAUCAGCGAAUAUUGGAAGAUAAACGUUUGAUAGGAUUGCGAAAAGCUUUGUUUUUAAAGUUGCUUAAAGUUUAUUUGGGGAUGAAGAAUGGAGAUGAUUCCGUUGAUCAGAUUGUUGAUCUGUUGAAUAAACAAGCCAGUUAUUUUGACAUAGUCGAGGUUCUUCGGUUAUUACCAGAAGUAUGGUCAAUCGAGAUGUUGAGUGAAUUUCUAAUACGGUCACUUCGACAAAGUUAUCACGAUUAUCGCGAGUCACAAAUUUUGAAAGGGUUAUUACGCGGCGAGAAUAUGAUGGUAAACUCCGAACUAUACAAAGCCUACGAUGAAGUUGGCCCUAUUGUCAUCACAUCCAAUUUACCAUGCGCCUCAUGCAACAAAAUUAUAACCGAUUCCAUGGUUUUGCGACAGCCAAAUAAAGAUAUUAUCCAUUUACAUCAUAAAAAUAACGAGAGUGGUAGUAGUAAUAGAGCUGAUGUGCCAGUAGAAGCAGAGUAA